AUAAUAAAGAGGGUUUUUCUUUUGAAAUGUAAGUUCAACAGAUUCUUAAGAUUAUUAAACACCAAAAACACAUGUAGAAGAGAGACACUUUUGUCCUUAAAUGCCAAAAAAGCAGCUCCCUUUCCUCUCUGGGUGUGUUUAUAAAGUCUCCAGAAUGAACUACAUUUCCUCAACAGCAGCAGCAAUGGGCAUUGAUAAUUGGAGAGUACUGGCCAUUGGGUUGAUAGUUUCAUGGGUUUUGAGUGUAAAGGUUGAUGCUUUACCAUUACCACCAUGUGAGUUUCCAGCAAUUUAUAACUUUGGUGACUCAAAUUCCGACACUGGUGGCAUUUCUGCUGCUUUUGAGCCAAUUAGAGCUCCUUAUGGGGAAGCUUUCUUUCAUAAACCUGCUGGUAGAGAUUCUGACGGUCGCCUCAUUAUUGACUUCAUAGCUGAGAGGUUAAAAUUGCCGUACUUGAGUGCCUACUUGAAUUCAAUUGGAACAAAUUAUAGGCAUGGAGCCAAUUUUGCUACAGGAGGAUCAACCAUUAGGAGGCAGAAUGAGACUAUUUAUGAGUACGGCAUUAGCCCAUUUGCUCUUGAUAUGCAGAUUGUGCAAUUUGACCAGUUUAAGUCUCGAACUGCUGAUCUCUACAAUCAAGUGAAGGGUACCCCUGAAGCAGAGAAACUCCCAAGACCCGAGGAAUUUGCAAAGGCUCUUUAUACUUUUGAUAUUGGCCAGAAUGAUCUCUCUGUUGGGUUCAGAAAGAUGAGUUUUGAUCAGCUUAGAGCAGCAAUGCCAGACAUCAUCAACCAGUUAGCUACAGCAGUCCAACAUAUUUAUCAACAAGGAGGGAGGGCAUUCUGGAUACACAACACCGGCCCUAUUGGCUGUUUGCCAGUUAACCUAUUCUACGUCUCGAAUCCCCCUCCUGGUUAUCUUGAUGAACUUGGCUGUGUCAAGGCUCAAAACGAGAUGGCUGUGGAGUUCAACAGCAAGCUUAAAGAAAGAGUUACAAGACUACGGGCAGAGCUUCCUGAAGCUGCAAUUACAUAUGUGGAUGUACAUGCUGCUAAGUAUGAACUCAUAAGAGAUGCAAAGACUCUAGGGUUAGCUGAUCCACUGAAGGUCUGCUGCGGGUAUCACGUGAAGUUUGAUCAUAUUUGGUGCGGGAAUAAGGGAGUGGUUAACAAUACUGAUGUAUAUGGUGCCCCCUGCAAAGACCCUUCAGUUUUUGUGAGUUGGGACGGUGUGCACUACUCUCAGUUUGCAAAUCAAUGGGUUGCUGAUCAUACACAGAAUGGUUCACUGGCAGACCCUCCAAUUCCAAUUAUUCAUGCAUGUCAUAGGCAAUGAGUGGAACGACCAGGUUUUCAACCUGAAGUACUAGUACUGAAAGUGCAUUACUAGAAUGGAUAGCUGCAAUUUUCACAAAUGUGCAAGAGUAAGGUUGCAUGCGAUUUUUUCUCAAGGUUAAUCAUCAUAUGAUCUUAAGAAUUUUCCAUGCUAUUAUAGAUAUCAGAUAAAGAAAAAGAGCAAUAAAUGAUUGAUUGUUCACAA